UACUACUGCAAGGAAAACUUCAAAAACCCCUAUUCGGAUUAAAAUGUGCGAGCAUUAUCCUGAUCUAACCUUUCUCGAAUAUUUGUUUCUCCAAAACCUAACAGAGAAAAUAAAUGCUUGAUUCCGAAUUAUUUUCAAUUGAUCGUUAGAUGUUAACUUUAUAAUUUAAAAAUAAUACCGUUCUAAAAGCUUGUACAAUAUGGCAAUGCUCGCAGAACCACGUCGGAAACAAAAGUGGACCUUAAAUCCACGAGGAAAACAAUGGAGCGAAGAUUCAGAAAAAUUUGGGCAAAAAAUGUUGGAGAAAAUGGGUUGGUCAAGCGGCAAAGGACUUGGUGUGAAUGAACAGGGUGUAACAGAACAUGUGCGCGUGCCCUUCAAAAACGAUACAGCAGGUAUUGGAUUUAAGAGAGACGGUUUAGAUGAAGCAUGGACAGAGAAUCAAGACAGCUUUAAUAACUUUUUACAACAACUCCAAAAGAGUCAAAAUAAUAAUGCGAUUCAAGUAGAUGAAAUUAAGACUGAAUCAAAUGAAAAGUCAUUGGAAUUGAAAUCAAAACAAAGCAAAGCUCGUGUUCACUAUCACAAAUUCACAAGAGGAAAGGACGUAAACAGAUAUAGUUCAAAAGAUUUAGCGAACAUAUUCGGCCAGAAAGAAUUAAAUGUUAAUAAAAUCAUCAAAAAAAGUGAAAACGACAACUUGGAAAAUUCUGAUUCAGAUCCUGUUGGUACACAAGAUAAUAAGGGUGGUUUUAUUACUAUACGUGGUGGUAAUAUGGCAGAUUAUUUUCAAAGAAAGGGUCAAAAUUUUCCCUUAACACCUAGAAAAAGAAUACAAAACGAAAGUAAUUCGGAAAGUGAAUCUGAAUAUACUGGGUUUGGGUUUGCAUCAGCUAGUAAAGAACAAUCUAAUGAUACUAACGAAAAGAAAAAAAAAGAAAGUAUUUCUAAUUACGCUUUUGAAAAUCCAUGUUUAAGGUUAGGCAGCCCAGAAAAUGUUUCUAAUAAUAAUAAUAAUAAAUUAGAAUAUUCGAAAAAAAGGAAAAUAUUUAAUAACAGUGAAUUAAAUGUAAGUAAUGACCCUAAAAAAUUUAAAGAUGAUGUUCAAAGUGGUUACAAAAAUGCUUUUGUAAAUGCUGCUUUAAAUUUAGAACCUACAAUGAACGAAGCGUGUACUGGGAAGGAAUUUGAAGUAUCUAGAACACAAUUUGGUGUUACAAAUUCUGCCUUAGAUCUACAAGACGAGGUAACUGAUAAAAAGAAAGUCACAUUUAAUGACCAUAUAGAGUAUAGUAUUGAUUCCGUGAAGAAAAAGAAGGGAAAAUGCAUGCUAGAUAAAUUUGAAAUUGAAAAUAAGAAAUCUAAAAAGAAAAAGAAACAAAACAAUACGAAUAUUUCUGUAUCACUUGGUAUUAUUAACGAAGCUUUAGAUGCUGAAGAAGUAUCUGAAGAAAUAAACGAUAAUGAAAUUAACGAACGUAAAAAUAAGAAACCAAAAAAGAGAAAAAGCAAUCACCAAUUAAAUUUAGAAACAAUAGUCGAAAUACCAGAAGAAGAUAAAGAAGCUGGUGAAUAUAAAAUUGAAGGGGGGAUAAAUAAAGCGAAUGAAAAUGUAUUUGAUGGUAUUAUGCCUUUAGAAAAUCAUUCAAACAAAAAAGUAAAGAAGAAAAAAAAGAAGGAAAAAAUUGAUGAGAAAAUUACAACCAUCAAUAAAAAUAAUAAACUGAAUCUUCCGGAAACAGAAGUUGAUAGAGAAAUAGCAACCAAACUUGAUAAGGAAGUAGAUGAUGCACCAAAACAGGCAAAUCAAGAAGACUGUUAUAAAGUGAAAAAACAAAAGAAACUAAAAAAGAAGAAUACUGAAAUAGAUAUAGGAGAGCAUGAAAAUAUUGCUAAAAUUCAAAUACAAACUAAUGAUAUGGAACAUGUAAAACAAGAAACUGAAAACAUGGAAGAAGAAACUGUGAAAUUAAAAAGGAAAAAAAAGAAGAAAUCAAAGGAUAAAGAUAAAAAGGAUAUUAGCACAGAUGUAAUUGUGAAAUUAGAACAAGAAAUUUCUAACAAAGAAAAUGAAAACAGUAAAUCUGUAAGUAGUUCUAAAGAGGAAAAACCAAAGAAAGUGAAACAUAAGGAAUCAAUGGAAGAUAAUGUUGAAUCUAUUCAUACCACGGAAUCCAUAAAAGAAAAAAGUGCAGAACCAGCAGUAAAUACAAAAGUUACACAUCCAUCUUCGAAAAAUACAAGAUUUAAUGCUAAAUCUAGUCCUCGGAAUGAAAAAACAAAGAUGUCAAAGAAAAUACUAAUGUCUCUUUUUUAUAAGAAUUCUAUUGCACAUUUUCCAGGAGCCAAUGUAGAAGAAAUUAAAGGGUAUGGUGCAGACAUAUACAAUAAAGAGUAAUUAAAUUUCUCAUAAAAAAUGUUUUUAAAGUUUUGUGUAUAAUAUUAGUUUUAAGAAAGCUAUGUGUAUUAACACAUUGAGCGCCGGUCCUGUGAAAACGCGGGAUUCUGAGUCUAUCGCUUGAGCGCCGGCCCCGCAAUAAUAGGGAUUUCUGGAUUUUCGUUAAAUUGUAUAUGACGAAUAUGCAAUUAAAAUGUACUAUUUUAUGAAAAUGUGUAAUGUUUUGAAUAUUUUUUUGGCUACUCAUUGAUCAGAUACGAGCGAAUGAGGCCGGAGUUUGGGCUAGUAGCCGAUACGUUGCCAGCGCUCAAGCUUUAAAUGUCUCUUAGGUCGCCAGCGCACAAUGUGUUAAUACAUAAUAAUUCUUAUUACCCAAUGGUAAUAGAUCAUGUGUUCUACAAAUUGAUUUAGUUCUAUCAUUUAUUUAUUUCUUAUUGAUAUCGGUAGAACUUGAAAAUAUACCUUGUAAAAUGUAAUUUAUAUUGUUAUUCUAUGAUUAUUAUUAAUGAUAUUGCAAAAAAUAAUUAUUUGUGAAGUAUAUUUUUUCUAAUACAUUCAUAGUAUUUCAUUGUAAUUUAAGGUUCUAAUAUAUUAUCUUCUAUCUUGUCAACUUCA